GCAGUCAUUACACUUCUCGUUCUCUCGUUCUAGACCCACCUAGUUGAAGGGCUGUUCCAACUCUGAAAGAAAUUGAACCACUAGGGACUCUAGGAUCUCUCGUCACUUCAGUCACUGAAACAUAAGCUACCACGAUAGGCACAUACUAGGUAGUCAUGGACUUCAACAAGAACAAAGGCGGGGUCAUUAUUCCUACUCUGGGUAGUACGAGCCUUUCUACGCCUGAGUAUGGCUCGUACACCUCCGAUGGGUUGUCCAGCCUUCCCGUAGGCUAUCCCACUCAUAUGGGCCCGGAGUUUGGCUGGACCGGGAACGACCAAGAGCUCCACUUCAUCUACAACAUCACCGGCGAGGGCUUGAUGGAAGUACGUUCCGCAAAGGACCACUUCAAAUCACUGGAACUGGAUGGUAAUCUUGUGAACCGAGAGAAUUUUCCGCUUCCCACCCUCGGACCAAUAUUAGACAAGCUUAGUCAUGAUAUUUAUAAUGGCAAGGGACUCUGUGUAAUCCGUGGGAUCAGUCCGGACGAGUACUCUGUCGAAGACUUGACGAUUGUCUGGUUGGGGAUCCAAGCGUACAUAGCCGAUCAACGAGGUUGCCAAGAUCAUCGAGGCAACAUGCUUGUACAUAUUAUCGCAGAUAACUCCUCCAAGACGAAGUUGGGUCAUCAUCGCCACUCCACCUCCGCCAUUUCUUUUCACAACGAAGAGGCAGGCGACGUGGUGGCUUGGCUGACCCGUAGCACUGCGGCAACCGGAGGCAAGUGUAUCGUUGCCUCUGCUUACACAAUCUACAACAUUCUAGCGGAUCAUCGUCCGGACAUCAUACGCACUCUUGCAAAGUCGGAUUGGCCUUUCGCCUUGCCCCAUUUCCAAUGCCGGCCAUUGCUCUUCUACCAUAACUCGAGGCUAGUCAUGAACUUUGGCCGUACACCUCUGCUAGGGAACGCCGUCCAUCCGCGUCCGGAGAAUCUCCCGAAACUCAAUGACUGCCAACGAGAGGCGCUUGAUGUGGUAGAAGCAAUUGCCCAAGCGGUUCAGCUUGAGAUCAAGACCCAGGCCGGCGAUAUGCAUUUCAUCAACAACCUUGCAAUUCUCCACAGACGAGAGGGAUUCGUCGAUGGCGAAUCUGCCCAGCAGAAGAGACAUCUGGUACGCAUGAGACUGCGCAGCUCGCAGCAUGGGUGGGACAUACCAGAGGAUCUAACGCAGGAGUGGCGCAAUGCAUUUGACACGGAGACUUGCCAGACGUGGCACCUAGAGCCGAUGCCUGGCGACGUGUUCCCCCUUCGCAAGUAUACUAACUAAUGAGAUGGCUAGAAAUUUCUAGUAAGGGGGGGGCGGGUACUAGGUACCUACUCAUGCAGCAGAUUCAGGGGAGAAAGUGACUUGGAAGAUCAUUGUUCGCUGGAGAAUUUGGGAAUUGCAGACGCUACACCAGGGGAACCAAAAAAGAAUCAGGUUGUUAAAAGUUGCUCUUAUUAUUAGUGUGUGUUUGCUUACUGGUUUGUUACUUGAUUUCUAACAAAUUCUCCUUUCUCUACGUUAGAUAGAACCCUAAUAAUCAUUUGUCAAUGGCUCAGUUUUGCGAGGAAUUGAAUGUGUC